AUGAACUUGUGUUCUUCGGGUGCAACGGCAUCGACCACAUCGUUAUCAUCCACGGGCCAGGCGGAGAGGAGCGGCGGAGGCGGCGUACCAGGUGGAGGAGGCGUCAGUAACGGAGGCGGAGGAGGUGGUGGAGUAACUGGAAGCGGCGGCGGCGGCGGCAACACUAGCGACGGCCUCUCCGAAGCAACACACUGCUUUGGUGGUAGUGGAGGAGGUGCAACAGCCUCUGGGCCCGAGGAACCCAACAACGCCAGCAGCCCGGCCAACGGAGGAGGUGCCAGUGCCAGUGCACAGCAACCGUCUGGAAGCAACGGACACGGCCAACUACACAACGAAAACAACGCAAUCAUGCCGCCCGAGACGCGUCCCAAAAUGGUGACGGUCAAACACCCGGAGUCCAACAAGCCCAAGCCCACCACCAAAAAGAGCAAACCCAUCCAGGCGGAUCAGGAUGUGAUCAAGGCACUUCAGCGGUGUCGAGAUGAAGGAAUUAAACGUCUCGACCUGAGCAAAUCUUCCAUCACGGUUAUUCCCAGCACAGUGAAGGAAUGUGUCCACCUCACGGAGCUGUAUCUAUACAGCAACAAGAUAGGUCAGCUGCCGCCGGAGAUUGGGUGUCUGGUGAACCUACGGAACCUGGCGCUGAACGAGAAUUCGCUGACUUCUCUACCCGAGUCGCUGCAGAACUGCAACCAGCUAAAGGUUCUGGAUCUACGGCACAAUAAGCUAGCCGAGAUCCCGCCAGUGAUUUAUAAACUACGCAGCCUAACAACUCUUUACCUGCGCUUCAAUCGCAUCACUGCCGUUGCGGACGAUCUGCGUCAGCUCGUUAACCUGACCAUGUUGAGUCUACGGGAGAAUAAGAUCCGGGAGCUGGGCAGCGCUAUCGGGGCAUUGGUGAACCUAACCACGCUGGACGUGUCGCACAAUCAUCUGGAGCACCUCCCCGAGGACAUUGGCAACUGCGUUAACCUCAGCGCCCUUGAUCUGCAGCACAACGAGCUUCUAGACAUCCCCGACACCAUCGGCAACCUCAAGUCACUAGUCCGACUGGGCAUGAGGUACAAUCGGCUGACCAGUGUCCCUGCCACUUUGAAGAACUGCAAAUGCAUGGACGAAUUCAACGUGGAGGGCAAUGGGAUUACGCAGCUACCGGAUGGGAUGCUGGCCAGCUUAAGCGGACUCACCACCAUUACUCUCUCGAGAAAUCAGUUCACCAGCUACCCCACUGGCGGUCCGGCUCAGUUUACGAACGUUUACAGCAUCAACUUGGAACACAACCGCAUCGAUAAAAUACCGUAUGGAAUAUUUUCGCGAGCCAAAGGUCUCACUAAGCUGAACAUGAAGGAGAAUAUGUUGACGGCCCUGCCACUGGACAUCGGUACCUGGGUGAACAUGGUGGAGCUGAACCUGGCCACAAAUGCACUACAGAAGCUGCCCGACGACAUAAUGAACCUUCAGAACCUUGAGAUACUCAUCCUAUCCAACAACAUGCUCAAGAAAAUCCCAAACACCAUCGGUAAUCUGCGACGACUAAGGAUCCUUGACCUGGAAGAGAACCGCAUCGAAGUUUUACCCCAUGAGAUUGGUUUGCUGCACGAACUCCAACGACUUAUCCUUCAAACCAACCAGAUCACAAUGCUGCCGAGGAGCAUCGGCCAUCUGGGAAAUUUAACGCAUUUGUCCGUGAGCGAAAAUAAUCUGCAAUUCCUGCCCGAGGAGAUCGGAUCGCUGGAGAGCCUGGAGAACCUGUAUAUCAAUCAGAACCCCGGACUGGAGAAGCUGCCCUUCGAGCUAGCACUGUGCCAGAAUUUAAAAUAUCUUAACAUCGACAAGUGCCCGCUGAGCACGAUUCCGCCGGAGAUUCAGGCAGGCGGUCCAUCGCUGGUGCUGCAAUGGCUCAAGAUGCAUUCACCCUAUAGACAAAUGUGAGAUGUAGACGGCGUCUGGCGCACCGUGUAUGUGGGCAGCGACUGCUAUUACCAGUACGAGCUACAAGCGGUGAGCCAGGCGCCCGGAGGAGCAGCCUCCGGAUCCGGGGGAUCCAGGAGCGGCGAACGUCGCUAACGGUGCGAUCUCAGCUAACGGGCAAGAGAUCCCUUCCCCUUUCCCAAUCCCAACCCUGGAAGGGAUAUGCCACAUUAAAAAGCGUUUUAUUUCUUUUGACUUGAACUUUUGCUUUAAACUGAAUUU